AUGUCUGAGGUCAAAGAGGGAGGUUUCAUUGUCAACGUGGACCUGAGAAGUCAUGAGAACAACGUGGCUCACCGCACCCUAGACAUCGAUCGGGAGCGCCUGAUCGUGCGCCGGGGCCAGCCCUUCUCCAUCACCGUGCAGAGCCCCGACUCCGAGCUGUUAACAGAGCAGCUGAAGCUGAUGCUGCACAUGGGCAGAAGUAACCAGGUGGAGAUCAAAGUUGAGAAUGAACUUGAGGUCAAAGGAAAGUGGUGGUUCAGCCAGAUGAAAGCGCAGAAUGAGUUGCUGCUGACCGUGCACAGUCCGGCAGAUGCCAUCAUUGGACCAUGCCGCAUGACUGUGCUGGUGAUGUCAGAUGAGGACACUGUGAAAAAAACUGGUGAAAUCAGCUUCUACCUGCUCUUCAACCCCUGGUGCAAAGAUGAUGUGGUGUUUCUCCCCGACGAGAUACUGCUGCAGGAGUACAUCAUGAAUGAGAACGGAAUCAUUUACACAGGGAGCUGGAACAACAUUGGCAGCCGUCCCUGGAACUUUGGGCAGUUUGAGGACAACAUGAUAGACAUCUGUUUCCAAGUCCUGGACAAUUCCAACGAUGCUCUGGGGAACUCCAAGCUGGACCUGGAGAGAAGGUUUGACCCGGUGUACAUCAGCAGGAUAAUCAGCAAGAUGGUGAAUGCUAAUGGAGACAGAGGUGUGCUAAUUGGGAGAUGGAGUCCACCUUAUUAUGAUGGGGUCUCUCCGAGUCGAUGGACCGGCAGCGUGCCGAUCCUCCGGCAGUGGAGUCGCUCUGGCAUCAGGGGGAUUAAAUAUGGACAGUGCUGGGUGUUUGCAGGUGUUGCAUGCACAGUCCUACGCUGUCUGGGGAUUCCAACACGUGUCAUCACCAACUUCUCCUCAGCCCACGACGUGGAUGGAAACCUCUCAGUAGAUUAUGUGGAGAACUUUAACAACAACGACAAACAAGACAGCAUCUGGUAG